AUGUCUGGGUCGAACACUACUGCAGCCAUCGCGGGUUUGCACAACCGCAAUGCGUGCCAAGCCCAAGCCGCACGCGAAGCUGUCAAUGAGAUGCGUGUCGAAAGCGAAGAAGAGAAACGGCUGCUUCGCCUGGUCACCGAAGCAGUCACAGACACCCCUCGAAACGAAAAGGUUCUGACGGGUGUCGCAGGCCUUGUCAUCAUCUUGCCAGCUGUGUUCACUCUUGUGGUCCACACACGUGUGGCAUGGCAGAGGAACCAUGCCAGAGUUCACAAUGCGACAGGGAGCGUGACAGUUGUUUCGGCAGACGUCACACGUGGACAAGGGCCUCAAGCUUGGGCAUGGUUGAAAAGGACUCUCAUCCGCGCCGAUGUGGGUGAUCGGCUCAUUCACGAUGACGUUGACUUACUUGGUAUUGGUCUGGAGCGGUUAGCAGUGAACAACGACGACGACGACAACGACGACGAUGAUGAUGAUGGCGACGGCGACGACAAUGAAGCCCCCCAAUAA